GGGGCCGUACACAUAUUACAGCCUGAUCCGUGCAUGUUUUCGGUUUGCCCGCAGUUGUUAUAUGACUAGAGUCAGGUGACGCUGCCUCCUGCACCAGUACUAACCUGAACCAGUUCACUUUAACAGUUAGAGUUAUUAUUUAGUCAUAAGAGGAGAAAGGUGAAUCCUGUCGAAAAUGGCAACUUCAGUGAAACUCAACACCGGAGCAGACAUGCCACUUGUGGGUCUCGGUACAUGGAAGUCUAAGACAGGCGAAGUGACACAAGCCGUGAAAGCCGCCAUCGCCGCGGGCUACAGACACAUCGACGGAGCGUUCGUCUACGAGAACGAGAAGGAGGUCGGCGAGGGGAUCCAGGCCAUGAUUAAAGAGGGCGUGGUGAAAAGGGAGGAGCUGUUUGUCGUCAGCAAGCUUUGGUGCACCUUUCACCAGAAAUCAGCCGUAAAAGGGGCGUGUCAGAAGACCUUAAGUGACCUGCAGCUGGACUACCUGGAUCUGUAUCUGGUCCACUGGCCAAUGGGCUUUAAGCCUGGAUCAGAACACUUCCCGCUGGACAGUGACGGUUUUACCAUCACUGAUGACACCACUUUCCUGGAGACCUGGGAGGGAAUGGAAGAGCUGGUGGACGCGGGGCUGGUGAAGGCCAUCGGCAUCUCCAACUUCAACCGAGAGCAGAUUGAAGCCAUCCUGAAUAAACCGGGCCUCAAAUAUAAACCUGCCAACAACCAGAUCGAGUGCCACCCUUACCUGACGCAGGACAAACUGAUCUCCUUCUGUCAGUCGAAGGGGAUUACAGUGACCGCGUACAGCCCUCUGGGUUCCCCUGAUAGACCAUGGGCUAAACCAGAAGACCCAUCGCUGUUGGAGGAACCAAAGAUCAAGGCCAUUGCUGAGAAGCACAAGAAGUCCACCGCUCAGGUCCUGAUCCGCUUCCAUGUCCAGAGGAACGUCAUCGUGAUCCCGAAGUCUGUUACCCCGUCACGCAUCAAGGAGAACUUCCAGGUGUUUGACUUUGAACUGAGCGACGAUGAAAUGAAGACCAUUUUAAGCUUCAACAGGAACUUCCGGGUUUGUCCCAUGCAGUGGAGUGUGAAUCACAAGGAUUUUCCGUUUAAUGCCGAGUACUGAAACUGAAGACGAUUACUCCAAAAAGGAAAAAAAUAAAUAAAUUUCACGAAACAGCAAGGCUUAUGUACACUGUUCUGUUUUAAAUGCUUGAGCUUGAUAUUUCACACUGAAUACUCGAACAUGCAUGAAAGCACUUGCUUUUAAUUCCUCUGUCUUUUUUUUUUCCUCAGCUUUGGGUACUGUGUUUAUUCAGGGUGUACGCCUCAUUCGCACAAAAAAAAAUUUUUCUGAAUGACGGAAAACGUGACUUUAAUGCUGGAAAGUCGAUAGAAAUGAUUCUACUGGAAUACUAAUCAAGUCAAAUGAAACAGAAAGGACGUGUAAUUAAUUAACGGCUACCACCGCACCAGACAAAAUAACCCGAAGCCUCCUUUAACGUUUCACUUUAUAUUUAACUAAACUGAAAUACUCUUAACGCACUUAGCGAGAAUGGAAAUUUUGUUUAUGCGGAAACUUUUGGUUAACCCUCGUAUGUCUGAAAUUAUUUUUAUUACCGCGGUCUUAUUGUUCUCCACACGCUGGUGUGAUGUGGUUUGAUUUGAACACUCCAUGCGUCUGAUUUCAUCAGAGUUCAUCUUAACUGGCUGCUUUUGUUUGUUUGUUUGUUUGUUUUUUUAAAUAAGUGUUUUGACUGGAUGAAAAUUAAUUUUAGCUGAUUUUAUCCAAAAAUAAAGCUGAUGCAUCAAGA